AUGAGACUUACAAAAAAAGCCACAAAGAAACGAGGAAAGUGUGUUGAUGAUGAGCCUGAGUACAUAGGUCAUGAGGAAGGACAACCUGCUGGAGAAGGUACAGAACCUCAAGUAGGAACUGAGGAGGACCCAUUGUCUCACACCAAUGCAUCUGACGUCGACGCUGACAUAGUCCAGCCUUUGGUCAAGAAGCGCAGAGGACCUACGAAAAUGAAAGAUAUCGCAAAGGAUCCGAACGCAAGAAUUCGUGUAGACUUCACUGAGUUCGGAGAACCGUGUGGAAAAGGGUCUGUGAAGCUGUCAUCUUAUUUAGGUCCUCUGGUGCGGGAACAUGUUCCCAUUAACAUUGCUGAUUGGCGGAAGAUUGGUGCAGAACGGCAGACUGUGUUGUGGAAAUCUGUUCAGGCAAGGUUUGAACUAGAUACUGAAACAGAGGAGACUAUUGUUAUGAGGCAAAUGGGAUGUAUUUGGAGGUCUUCGAAAUCACGCCUUGUUGAACAUAUCAACUUAGCGAAAAACAAUGCUGAGAGAAUGAAGCUCCGACCAAAGAACAUCUCUACAGUAGAGUGGCGUAAAUUUAUAAAGGAAAAGACAAGCGAGGAGUUUAAGGUUCUGAGCGAGAAAUAUAAAGAAAUAAGACGGAAGCAGAUUCCUCACACUUGUAGCCGUAAAGGAAUGGUUAGGUUGGCAGAAGAUCUAAAAAAAGAAAGCUCUGAUGCAUCUGACGUGACGAGGCUAAAAGUAUGGGUCAGGUCACGCACGAAGAAGGAUGGGACCGCAGUUAACACCAAAGCUGCAGACACGAUUAAAAAGGCGUCUGAGUUAGUGGAAUCAAAAACUCCAGCAGCAACAAACCCAAAGCAAGAUCUCCUUAGUCAGGUAUUAGGACCUGAUAAUCCCGGUCGUUUGAGAGCAAUGGGUAGAGGGAUGAGUAUGAGCAAAUAUAAUUGUUUCCAAAUGAAAAGCAAGUACAUGACAGAAAUGCAACAACAGCAGAUGCAUUUGCAGCAACAAGUGCACGACUUGCAAGAGACACUCGCGAAAAUGAGAAAUCAGAGAUCAGAACCUGAAGUAGGUGAAAACUCUGCACCAAGAAGCGUAAACAAAAAAGCACACCCCAAGUGUAUUUUAUAUGAUUGGUCUGGGUCUGAUGCCAAAGUAGCUGAAGGCCGUAUUCUAUCUUCGGAUCCAGAGGACUUCAUCAACGAUAUUCCCUUGGGUCCUAACUCUUUGAAGGUUUUGGUUGAGGAUGGCAUCGACGCAGAUGCGUUUCUUUGGAGACCGGCCCCUGAUAUGAGUUAUAUUUCACAAGCUGUUGGAGGAAUCAUUGCAUGGCCUUCCAAUUUUGUUGUAACCAUUGACCACGAUGAGGAACCAGAAGACAUUGCGCUAAAGAGCCCAAACUCAAGUUCGACAAACCUCUGUAAACUGAUGGACUGGACUACGAAUGACGAAGCAUUUGUUGCUGAAGGCCGAUGGCACUCUUCUGACCCCAAAGCUCUAGUUAAUGGACUUCCUCUUGGUCCUAGUGCUGUCAAAGUGUUUGUGGAUGUAGCUAUAAACCCUGAUACAUUUCUAUGGAGGCCAACAGCAGAACUUACAAAUCUCGAGGACUCUUUGAAAUCGUUCGUCGCAUGGCCUUUAAACAGAGUUCACUUCUGUGAAGAGAUGCUGGAGACACCAAAUUCCAAUUCUCCUGUUGAGGCAACGACUGUGACUCCUUCAGCUCCAAUGUAG